AGUUGGUCCUUGAAUACGACUUGAGCUUGAUCCCAUCACGGCUUCAGUUUUCCAGGGGUUGGCCAGCGAGCAAGUUAGGCGCUGAGGCGGUCUGAUCAGGUGCCCAAGUCCACUAAGUAGAGUGAAGCUUGCGAUAACGAUAAGAGCUUAAACCCCGGGGGGGGACCGUUAGAUAGGAGGUAGGUACUUAGGUACUUAUUGAAAGAUACCUAGGUCUGUAUGUCCGCAUUUCUCGCGAAGCCCUCAAAAUUGGAGGUGCCAAAGGCCAGGUUCCCAGCAGCAGCGACAUCGCCACCGUCAUGCGCCAACCUGGGGCUGUUGCGCGACCGCGCUCAAUAUGUCAAAUCUGCGAAUCCCUAUCUGUCCGGCCUCGCCGAGCUGCGGCGCCCCUAAUUAGUGCUCGAAAUGUCUCUUACCAACACUCCCAACCCCGGCGAGCAAAGAGCCCAUACAUAUUGCCGCAACGCCGCGCGCUGUCUUCGACCGUAGUACCUAGUACGAACAGAUCCAAGCCGUCCAAGAGUCCUUCAAGUGAGGCCGUAACCAAAGUCGAUACUGAAGCUUCGUCAACACAUACGUCGUAUACCCUUGGCAUCAAGGACUCUCUUGACUCUCUUGAAGCAAGCGUAUCGGAAAUCACUUCUUCUCCAGGCAUCCCCUCUAAGCAGAGCGUGAGCGGAGUGCUGGACGCUUGCCAUGCGUUGGCAGAAUUAUAUACAGAUGUGGCAGCGCAGCCGCAUAUUGUACACGAUCUUAGCCAAUUGGAUUCUACGGCUUCCACACUGCUCUCUCUAGAUGGUGAUGCAAGUGCGAAACCGGCGAUACCAUCGACAUCUACUGCCAAAAAUGAUCCAAAACUAUCACAAGACAAAGACUAUUCGGCGAAGUUGAAUGAAUUACUUGAUAAGAUCUCCAUGGUCGCCUAUCGAAUCUUGGCUCAUCAGCCAGUAGUAAUAACGCCCGAUCUACUCGACCAGUAUGUUAGAGUCCAGGCAAAGCUGGAGAGGCCGGAAACUCUGCCUAGAAUAUUCAAUCUGUAUGCAUCAAAACCUUUGCCUCGUGAGGGCUCCGUGCCCUUGCGCUACAAAAAGCAAAACCCCGACCGUCCCGAAGGUGCCAUCGAGCCCAAGAUAGCUGACGCUGCGCUUGACGCGGCUAUCGCGACAAAGAACCUAGAUGCCGCUGUCGGCAUCAUUGAAAGUAGCUACGGAACUACGGCCUUUGUCCGAAGCAAACUUCUCCGUCACGGUCUACUACCAAUCGGCGCAUUAGUUGGCACUCCUGUAGCAGCCUACAUACUGGCCACUAACUUCUCCGGUCUGCAGCAAACAAUGGAUACCGCUACCGCCACGAACGUGGCCUUUGUAGGAAUCCUGGCUUACGUUGGUUUCACGGCAUCCCUAGGAGUGGUCGCGGCUACAACAGCGAACGAUCAAAUGAAACGAGUAACAUGGGCUCCUGGGAUGCCGCUGAGGAAGCGAUGGAUCAGGGAAGAAGAAAGGGCGGCGUUAGACAAGGUAGCGUGUGCCUGGGGUUUCCAAGAGCUAUGGCGGCAAGGCGAGGAAGAGGGCGCCGAGUGGGAUGCCCUCCGCGAAUAUAUUGGCCAGAAGGGAAUGGUGCUCGAUCGGACUGAACUCAUGGAGGGCAUGGAUUAGUGCUCAUGAUGAAUUAUGUCUUCCUUGUGUAAGUAUAAGUAAGUGUAGCCACUAUGGAAACCCCGGGAUACGGUCAAAUGAGAUUCUAGCGAGCCGGAUAUUGUAUCUAAACAUUUACACGACAAUUGUAAAAUCACCAUGAAUGAAAUCGGCUGUCAUUGUAAAAACUUGGACUCAUCCUUGAUUUAUCGUGGUUCAAGCGC